AUGUUACCAGUCUAUGAAAAUGAUCCUUUGGCGGCAUUGCGUCCGUUUCCGCAAGACCCACAGUCCUACUACGCUGCCCACUGGCAUGAGAUCGUUAUCUCGGUGUUGUUUUACUUUGGCAUCCAGGCGUUGUCCCCUAUUGUCAGCACUAAACUCUUUGGCAACACCUACACCAGUCUCAAUCCCAAGACGAAAUUGAACUUCGACAUCCAUGUGGUGUCCAUGGUGCAAUGUUUCAUUUCCAUUGCCAUCAUAGUGCCGGCAUGGUCCCAUCCACAUAUCCAGGGCCGUGCUGAUGAUGCAUAUCUUUCUAUCUUCGGCUACACUCCUUAUAGUGGGUUUAUCAGUGCCAUCACUAUCGGUUACUUUGUUUGGGACUCUGUGGUGUGUACUCUUCACUUGAAACUCUUCGGUGUGGGAUUCUUGCUCCAUGGAUUCGCUGCGUUAUUCGUUUUUGGUUGUUCACUCAAACCUUUCUGUUUACCGUGGGUGCCUGCGUUUUUGUUGUUUGAAUUGAGCACUCCAUUUGUCAACAUCAACUGGUUUGCAUCUAAAUUACCUGCGGGUACCAUCAGUGAUCGUGUGGUUGCCAUCAAUGGUAUCUGUUUGUUAGUGACCUUCUUCCUGGUAAGGAUCUUGUGGGGUUUCUAUGCGGUGGGUUUCGUCAUGGUGGACAUGUAUAGGCUGAGAGGACAUGCGCAUGCUUUCUUUCCAUUCAUGGUUUUGUCGUUGAAUGUUAUGCUCAAUGUAUUGAAUGUUUAUUGGUUCUCGAGGAUGCUUGCAAUUGCAAAGAAGAAGAUCACGGGAGGACAGUCACGCAAGGAGACAAUAAAGGUCGAAUAG